AUGCCGAACCAUAAGGGAGGACGAUCUUCUCUGCUAUCUGUUACCGCCUGGCUCUCGGGGAUCCGCCCGCCGCCUCCCACGAUCUGCGAUUCUCCGACCGGCCCGUUUGUUACAUCACUCAGGAUCAAGCUCGAGGAUGGCAGGCACCUGGCCUACAAGGAGCACGGAGUCCCAAAGGAGGAGGCCAAGUACAAGAUCAUCUUUAUUCAUGGCUCGAACUCCUGUAGACACGACAUGCCGGCCCCAUCUCCGGUCAUACACUCUUCAGAGCUCUGCCUUUCUUGUUCUUACAGAUAGAAAGUGGAGUUGGACUGCUCUCGCUUUGAAAUCUGUGGAUUCGCUGAUCAUUGUGUGUUUCCAGGAACUGGUCCAGGAGCUGGGUAUCUAUUUGCUAUCCUUUGACAGAGCUGGGUAUGGUGAGAGUGAUCCCAAUCCGAGAAGAACAGAGAAGACCACGGCCUUGGAUGUGGCCGAGCUUGCAGAUCAGCUGAACUUGGGACCCAGAUUCUAUGUCAUUGGUCAUUCCAUGGGUGGGCAGGCCGUCUGGGGAUGCCUGAAGUACAUCCCCCACCGGUGCGGCCUCUCUCCCCCCCUCUCUCUCUCAAUUCAUCUAUCUGUCAAUCUAUCCUUCUCUCUCUCUCCUCCCUCACGUUCUGCUGCCGUGUAUCAGGCUGUCUGGGGCAGUGCUGCUGUGCCCCGUGGUGAACUACUGGUGGCAGAGUUUCCCUGCCAAGCUAGUCAGGGAGGCUUAUAAUGAGCAGCUGCUGCGAGACCGAUGGGCACUUGGAGUUGCACACUAUGUCCCUUGGCUGACAUACUGGUGGAACACUCAGCGAUGGUUUCCUUCAUCAAGCGUGGCAGCGGGCAUCCCUGAUGUUCUCUCCCCCGAUGACAAGGUCCUGGCUUCUAUACGGUUCCCAGCAAGGCAUCAGCAUCAGGUAUCCAUUUUCUCAAAGGCCCUCCCCUGUCUUCAAGUUUUUUGUCUAGAAACUUUAGUUUGGAUUGUGAUAUUCCUUUGAAUUAUCCUCUCUUGAUUGGAAAGUGGCUUUAGACAGAAGAAAUCUUGGUUGUGUUUACAGAAGCAUGCAAAGCAGCAAGGUGAGUUCGAGACAAUCCACCGUGACAUGAUGGUGGGUUUUGGCACUUGGGAGUUUGACCCGAUGGAGCUGGAGAACCCCUUUCCCACCGGUGAUGGCGCUGUCCACUUGUGGCACGGCAAUGAAGAUAGGCUUGUGCCAACCUCACUUCAGCGCCACAUUGCCAGGAGACUCCCAUGGAUUCGUUACCAUGAGCUCCCCAGCAGGGGCCACCUCUUCCAUAUUGCUGAUGGGAUGUUCGACAACAUCCUGAGGGCACUCCUCAAAGAAACCCCCUAA